UCGGUUAGAGCCGGCUGCGUGAGUGAAAAAAGUGGUCAACAAACGCGGAAUACGGAGUUUCUAAGUCCGUUCCUCGUGGCGCGUCAAUAACUUCUUCAGGCUACGGUGUGUGUCGAACGGAUUUGUUGGCAGCGAUGGCCUUGUCCGUAGCCUCGGUGGUCCUGGUGGCCGCGGCAUUCGUCGGAGUGUGCGGCGAGAACAUACUCUUCCUGCAGACGAUCGCCUCCAAGAGCCACCAUAUCUGGAACCGGCAAAUCUUCGACCGGCUGUACGAUAACGGCCACAACCUGACCAUUCUGUCGUUCGAGAAGGAAGUGUCGGUACCGGGCAAAACCUUCCUGCUGAUGGAGGACUUCCAGCAGCGCCUCAUGGCCGUGUUCGCCGAGGGCACCACCGAUUUCUCCACCUACGAGAACGCGUUCAGUAACAUUGUUAACGUUUAUCAUUACUACGAGAUUUCGAGCCAGUUGUUGCUGUCGGAACCGGCCGUCCGGCGGCUGCUGGAGUAUCCGCGCACGUUUCGGUUCGAUCUGAUCAUACACGACUUCACGAUGGGCCAGUUUUUGCUCGGGUUCGUCGAACACUUCCAGAACCCACCGCUGGUGGCCCUCUCGGCGUACAACAUACCGGCCUACACGCAGUUCCUGGCGGACGUACCGCUCCACCCGACGUAUGUCCCGCACCCGGCGGCUACCUUUGGCCAGCAGAUGACCUUCGUCGAGCGGGUGAAAAACACCGGCUACUGGUGGUUCGACAUGCUGUACCGGCAACAGCUGUUUAUGCCGCGCGAAAACCAUCGCAUGCAGCAGCUCUUCGAGAGCACCAACCUGACGCACGUGAAGCUGCUGGAGCGCCGCGCGGAACUGGUGCUGGUGAACAGUGACCCGGCGCUGGACUACUAUCAGCUACUCCCACCGAACGUGGUGCAAGUGGGCGGAUUGCAUAUCAAGCGGUCAGAGGAAAUGCCCUCGAAUAUGCAGCAGUUCAUCAACCGUGCCAACCGGGGUAUUAUUCUGUUCAGCUUCGGCACGAACGUGCAGAGUGAAAUGCUGGGUCCGGAUGUCAACCGACAGCUGUUGGAGCUGUUCCGCAGCAUGCCCGACUACGGGUUCAUCUGGAAGCAUGCGAACGCGGACGGGAUGCUUAUGCCGCCGAACGUGCUGAUGACACCGUGGGUCCCGCAGUCGGCCGUCCUGGCCAACAGCCGCACCAAGCUGCUGGUUAGCCACGGCGGGUUGCUCAGCCUACAGGAGGCAGCUUGGAACGGAGUGCCCGUGAUCGGGAUUCCGUUCUUUGCCGAUCAGUUCUCGAACGUGCGGCGCCUCGAGGUGGCCGGCAUCGGUCUGGGCAUUCCGUCGACCCAGCUGAACGGGGAAACUAUGCGUCGUGCGCUGGACCAGAUUCUCGACGACCCCGGCUUCCGAGCGCGCGCCAAAUCCCGCUCGAACCUGUUCCGCGCUCAACCGCAACCACCGCUCGAGCGGGCCAUCUUCUGGAUCGAGAAAGUGAUCGCCAACAAGGGUCUACGAUAUCUACGAGCACCGACGCGUGCGAUGGCCCCGUACCAGGUGUACGGGCUGGAUAUGCUGGCGGUGCUGCUGUUGAUCGUGUGGUCAGCCUAUCUUAUCUGUAAGCGCUUCCAGAACUGGCGAGCCAGCGGCGGCCAACGGGCAAGCGCAGCCAAGCGUAAGGCGGAAUAA